AUGGCUGAUAAAACCUCUCUCGGAUCCUCCGACGAGGACACCUUCCCGACGACGUUAGAUGAGUCUGUGAUGGUCAUGGAUAAAACUCUUUCACAGGCCAAAAUGCUAGGCACAAUUCAGGAACAUGCUUUAGAACUAGGGAGGCUGAAGGCCGAAGCUAGCGCUCUCGGUGACCAGGUCGCCAAACUCAACGCCCUCAUGUUGAACUCCCCAGUUCACUUGGCGGCAGACCAAGCGAUCAAAGUAUCCGAGCAGCAAAUGCUAGCUACAGCACGAAUUUUACAGGUGGACACGACUGCCUCGAAAAGGGUUAUCUUCUGGGGACAUUUCCCGAGCUCUUUAACCCCUCAGGAAAUGACGAAGUUAAUCUUUAAACAUCUGGAUACGACAGUUUUCAAGCCCAGCUAA